AUGCCUCGGCCGUUCGCCAUCAUCGUGGGUGCAGGCCCCUGUGGUCUCUUACUGGCCCUCCUCCUCGCCAAAGCCGGGCUGGAGGUACAGCUCGUCGACGCCGGCAACGAACUCGACGACCAACCCCGAGCAACUCAUUAUGGCCCAGAGGCUGUAGAACAGCUAGACAGAGCAGGUGUUCUUCCGGACGUUCUUGCGCAGGGUUUCAUCCCUCACGGCGUUGCCUGGAGAAAGCCGGAUGGGGAGGUCAUCGCCGAGCUGCCAACAACCACCUUGUCAACUUCUUCGAAGCAUCCCUUGAUCUGCUUGCCGCUGAACAAACUAGGCAAGAUCUUGCAUGAUCAUUUACUGAAGCAGCCCCAAGCCAGUAUCCUUUGGGGUCAUCGGGUGACGCAUGUAAGGCAGGACGAUGACCAAGCCAUCGUGGAGGUGGACGCUCAGGGCACUUCAAAAACGCUGGCGGCGACUUAUGUCAUUGGCUGCGAUGGCGCCAACAGCCAAGUCCGGAAAUCGCUCUUUGGCGAUAUGGAGUUCCCGGGAUGGACUUGGGAUGAGCAAAUUGUUGCAACGAAUAUUUACUAUCCCUUUGACAAACACGGCUUCACAGACAGCAACUUUGUAAUCAGCCGAGAGCACUGGUACAUGGCAGCGAGGAUCUCCAACGAUGGCCUGUGGCGAGUCACGUACGGGGAAGUGCCAGGACUCACCAAGGCCGAAUACCUCGAACGACAGGCCUGGAAGUUCGAGGUGAUGCUACCAGGAAAUCCGAAGGCGGAUGAGUGGAGAUGUGUCAACUUCAGUCCUUACAAAAUACACCAGCGCCUGGCACCAUCGCUCCGACAAGGGAAGGUACUCCUCGCGGGUGAUGCAGCGCACCUAUGUAAUCCAUUCGGUGGCUUGGGGUUGACAGGAGGGAUUCUCGAUGUCGGAGGCUUGUAUGACUGCUUGAACGGGAUCGCCACGGGAAGGGCAGAUGAAUCCAUCUUAGAUCGAUACAGCGAUGUUCGCAGGAAGCUGUAUCGUGACUUCACCGAUCCUAUCUCGACAGAAAACAUGCGGAGGCUCUGCAAGAGGGACCCCGACAAAGUGUUGGAGGAGGACACGUUUUUGCAGAUGAUUAACGAAAGCACACAUAACCCUGAGGUAGCCGCGCAAUUAUCAGAGGGCUCGCAAGGCUUGGGCCAUGAUUUCACGCAAUACUACAAGUAG